CUAUUCUGUUAUCCAAAUUUCCAAGUCAACUAUACCAGGUCAAGCAGAAAAGCCUCUCCUUAAUAAUAUGUUGUGGCUUACCCAAAAAAGGAGUACAAACCUCUCCGGUUUUGCAUUAGAAAUCUAAAUUCUUGGGAUGUUGAAGAUGGCUCCUAUUCCUCUGUUUGCUCUCUUCCUUCUCACUCAUCUUGUGCUUCCAAGCUCUGCUCAAGAAUAUAGAAACCAUUCACGUUGUGAACCAUUCCGUUGUGGAGAACAUGGCCUGAUUCAUUUCCCUUUUAACAAUAUGACCAACCCUGAGUGUGGGGUGGUCACAGUGGACUGUUCAGAAGAUAUUUCGAAGAUUCAAUUCAAAGAUGGAGGACACUGGUUUGGAAUUGACAGGAUCACUCAGGCAGAUGUUAUUGUCGUCAAUGAGACAGUACUGCUGUCUUACUUGAAUUCCCUCGGUCAUUGUAAACUGAUCAAUGAUUUCUCUUUUCCCAGCUCUACUAAUUCAUCGAUCUUCUUAUUAGCAAAUGAGACAUCAUCAAAGCUUUACAAUUGCAGCCACAGUCUUCACACACCUCCUCCGCUGAGAGAUCUUAAUCAAACCAAGUGCAGAGACUAUGAUUUCUACUACAAUCCUCCAAACAUGAGUUUUCCAUACCAGCAACAAUGUCAAAAUAUCAUGCUACCAUUUUCACUUCCACUUCCACUUCCACUUCCACUUCCACUUCCAUAUUCAUUUCAACCUCCACCUCCAUAUUCAAUUCCACCUCCACCUCCACCUCCACCUUCAAUUGAUUUCACUUUUCAAGUGCAAAUAAACCCUGUUUGUUUGAUAUGUCACUUCAGAGGAGGGAAAUGCCACAAUAUUAACUUAAAUCAAUUUCAAUGUAUUGAUCCCCCGAAAGGACUAAGCAAGCAACAAAAGUUGGGACUAGAAGUAGGACUAGGACUAGUUGUUGCUUUGGGUGGAAUUGGGACACUUGUGGUUAUGUUGAUCUACUGCUUUAGGAAGAAACAUAAUCAUGCUCAUCAAAGUAUUGAGGCAUUCCUAAAGAACUGUGGUCCCCUUCAAAUUAGAAGAUACAGUUAUUCUAAUAUUAAGAAAAUGACAAAUUCAUUCAAAGAAAAACUAGGCCAAGGAGGCUUUGGUAGUGUUUACAAAGGAAAAUUACAUGAUGGACAUCUUGUUGCUGUGAAGAUGUUAAACGAAUUGAAAGCCAAUGAUGGAGAAGACUUUAUUAACGAGGUCGCAGCAAUCAGCAGAACUUCCCAUGUCAACGUUGUCAGAUUGUUAGGAUUUUGUUUUGAGAGUGCUAAAAAGGCUCUCAUUUAUGAGUUCAUGCCUAAUGGUUCUCUUGAAAAAUUUGUAUACGAUGAAGAUGAAACUGAAGAAAGUUAUCAAUUGGAUUGGGAAACAUACUAUCAAAUUUCACUUGGCACUGCUAGAGGACUAGAGUAUUUGCAUCGAGGUUGCAACAGACGGAUUUUACAUUUUGACAUUAAACCUCAUAACAUCCUUCUUGAUGCAGACUUUGUGCCCAAAAUAUCAGAUUUUGGCCUUGCCAAAAUCUGCACAAGGAAAGAUAGUCUAGUUUCAAUGUUGGGUCCAAGAGGUACUAUUGGAUAUAUUGCUCCAGAAGUUUUCUCUAGGAGCUUUGGAGGGGUUUCCCACAAGUCUGAUGUCUAUAGUUAUGGAAUGAUGGUUCUAGAAAUGGUGGGAGGAAGAAAAAAUGUCAAUAUUAGAGUUGAUAACAGCAGUGAAUUAUAUUUUCUGCAAUGGAUCUACGAGCGCCUUAAGCUUAAAGUACUAGGACUCAAGAGAAUUAUAAGUGAAGAAGACAAUGUAAAAUCGAGGAAGAUGAUUAUGACGAGCUUGUGGUGCAUACAGACUGAUCCCUCAAGCCGACCAACAAUGAGUAGAGUCAUAGAAAUGUUGGAAGGUAGCCUUGACUCAUUGCAAGUACCACCCAAGCCUUUCUUGUCUUCCCCACCAAGAUCAUCACCAUCUGAUUCUUCCAACAUACUUAUAUCUCUAUGAGUAUAACAUUUCAAACACGUUUGGAUUGUAUACAAAAACUGUAUGAAUGAAAGAACUUAUUUAAAGAGCAA